UGUGGUCCGGCGAGGGGGCGGAGCUCCGCCGGGGGGCGAGAACUGGGUGGGGUGCUCCGCGCCCGGACUCCGCCUCUCGCCCCUCCUCCGCCUCCUACAGUUCCCCGGACUCGCCCCUGGGGAGUAGUGGGAAGGUGGGGAUUCUGGGCCGGUGGCGGAAUCACUGUCGCUUCAGCCAGGCUGUGGAGCGGACCGACGUGCCUAGUGCCCCGGGGAGGGGCGCCACCAGGGGAGGAGGAAGAGGAGAGGAAGAGACGCCCUCUCUGCCGAGACCUCUUGAGACUCUGACCUCGGGGACUAGGGGACUGACACGAAAGGACAGCCAAGUUCCUCCACUUGGACUGCUUGAAGAAGCCGCGACCCUGGAAGGCCCUGACCCCACCGCACCAGGGACCCCAGCACCACUUCGGGGGCCUAAAGCGACAGUCUCAGGGACCACGGCAAGGUUUCCAGUUGCCUAGACGACGAGCCCCGGGUCAGAGCAACAACCCUUUCAGCCACCUGCCUCAACUGCUGCCUCAGGCACCAGUCCCAGCUCCCUGCUUGCCAGGCCAGGUGACAUGCCGGUGCUUUCCACCCCCCGGACCUCACGGGUAACCACGCUGAAGCGCACAGCGGUGGUCCUGGCUCUCACAGCCUAUGGGGUCCACAAAAUCUACCCCCUGGUGCGGCAGUGCCUGGCUCCGGCCAGGGGCCUUCAGGUGCCAACCAGGGAGUCCAUGCAAGAGGUCUCCGGGGCCACAGUGGCUAAGGCCGGCAUGAACCGGAUAUUCCUGCAGCGACUCCUGUGGCUCCUGCGGCUGCUGUUCCCCCGGGUGCUGUGCAGGGAGACUGGACUGCUAGCACUGCACUCGUCUGCCCUGGUGAGCAGGACUUUCCUGUCAGUAUAUGUGGCCCGCCUGGAUGGAAGGCUGGCCCGCUGCAUCGUGCGCAAGGACCCACGGGCCUUCGGCUGGCAACUACUGCAGUGGCUCCUCAUCGCCCUCCCUGCCACCUUCAUCAACAGUGCCAUCCGAUACCUGGAGGGCCAGCUGGCCCUGUCUUUCCGGAGCCGUUUGGUGGCCCAUGCCUAUAGCCUCUACUUCUCCCAGCAGACCUACUACCGAGUCAGCAACAUGGAUGGCCGGCUUCGAAACCCUGACCAGUCUCUGACAGAGGAUGUGGUGGCUUUUGCUGCCUCUGUGGCUCACCUGUACUCCAACCUGACCAAGCCACUCCUAGAUGUGGCUGUGACCUCCUACACCCUGCUUCGAGCGGCCCGAUCACGCGGUGCCGGCACAGCUUGGCCCUCGGCUAUUGCUGGCCUCGUGGUAUUCCUCACAGCCAAUGUGCUACGGGCCUUCUCACCCAAGUUUGGGGAGCUGGUGGCAGAGGAGGCACGGCGGAAGGGGGAGCUGCGCUACAUGCACUCUCGUGUAGUGGCCAACUCGGAGGAGAUCGCUUUCUAUGGGGGCCACGAGGUGGAGCUGGCCCUGCUGCAGCACUCCUACCAGGACCUGGCCUCACAGAUCAACCUCAUCCUUCUGGAACGCCUGUGGUAUGUCAUGCUGGAGCAAUUCCUCAUGAAGUAUGUGUGGAGUGCCUCAGGCCUGCUCAUGGUGGCUGUCCCCAUCAUCACUGCCACCGGCUACUCAGAGUCAGACCCAGAGGCCAUGAAGAAGGCGGCCUUGGAGAAGAGGGGGGAGGAGCUGGUGAGUGAGCGCACGGAAGCCUUCACCAUUGCCCGAAACCUCCUCACAGCGGCUGCAGAUGCCAUUGAGCGCAUCAUGUCAUCGUACAAGGAGGUGACAGAGCUGGCUGGCUACACAGCCCGGGUUCACGAGAUGUUCCAGGUAUUUGAGGAUGUCCAGCACUGUCGUUUUAAGAGGCCUGGGGAGCUGGAGGAUGCUCAGGCAGGGUCUGGGGCCAUGGUACAGUCCGGUGUCCACGUGGAAGGGGCCCUGAAGAUCCUAGGCCAAGUGGUGGACGUGGAGCAGGGGAUCAUCUGUGAGAACAUCCCCAUCAUCACGCCCACAGGAGAGGUGGUGGUGGCCAGCCUCAACAUCAGGGUGGAAGAGGGCAUGCACCUACUCAUCACAGGCCCCAACGGCUGCGGCAAGAGCUCUCUGUUCCGCAUCCUCAGCGGGCUCUGGCCUACGUAUGGGGGUGUGCUCUACAAGCCCCCGCCCCAGCGCAUGUUCUACAUCCCUCAGAGGCCCUACAUGUCCGUGGGCUCCCUGCGCGACCAGGUGAUCUACCCAGACUCAGUGGGGGACAUGCAAAGGAAAGGCUAUUCGGAGAAGCACCUGGAAGCCAUCCUGGACAUCGUGCACCUGCACCACAUCCUGCAGCGAGAAGGAGGUGCUGUAGGAGUUUCCUGUGGCUGCCAUGACAAAGUCCCACAGAUGGGGAACUUGAGCAGCAGACACGGAUCAUCUCCCGGCUUGGGAGGCUAUCAAGGUUGGGAGGCUGUGUGUGACUGGAAGGACGUCCUCUCGGGGGGCGAGAAGCAGAGAAUCGGCAUGGCCCGCAUGUUCUACCACAGGCCCAAAUAUGCCCUCUUGGAUGAAUGUACCAGCGCUGUGAGCAUCGACGUGGAAGGCAAGAUCUUCCAGGCGGCCAAGGAUGCUGGCAUCGCCCUGCUUUCCAUCACCCACCGGUCCUCCUUGUGGAAGUACCACACACACUUGCUACAGUUUGACGGGGAGGGUGGCUGGAAGUUCGAGAAGCUGGACUCGGCCGCCCGCCUGAGCCUGACCGAGGAGAAGCAGCGGCUGGAACAGCAGCUGGCAGGCAUUCCCAAGAUGCAGCGGCGCCUCCAGGAACUCUGCCAGAUCCUGGGCGAGGCUGUGGCCCCGGGGCAGCUGCCAGCACCCAGCAGUGAAGGCCCAGGUAGUGGCCUUCAGAGUGCCUCCACCUGACAGAAGGCCCCUUGCCCCAAGGCCCUCGCCCCUCCCAAGCUCUCGGAACACAUGAAGGAAAUGGCAGCACCCACCCUGCCCGCCCCUGCAUGGCCUUCCCUCCUCCUGGGCCUCCUGCCUCCCUCCCCACACCUGCCUGCACCCUGGGGGCUGUUCCACAGUAACUGUGCCUUGUUUGGGGAAGCGAGUCCUUUACUUUUCUGUGGGGAAGGAGCUUGGGGCUCAGGGUGGCCCCCACACUGACCCCACACCAGUGCAACUGAGCGGAGAGCAGGGAUACCCCCCCAGGCUGCUGCUCACCACUGCCAGCCAGAGUCUGUGCCGAGCCACCUCCCUCAUAAGACUCAAGUCCCCAUUUUACCCUCCUCUUCAGUCCCUCGAAGACCAUAUAGCCCAUACCCCAGAGUGGCCAGCUGAGGCUCCCGUCCCAUGGGACACCCUUCCUGCCAUAACAGCAGCCAGGUGGGACACCCUUCCUGCCAUAACAGCAGCCAGAUGGGACACCCUUCCUGCCAUAACAGUGGCCAGACAGGACACCCAGUGAGACAGAGCUCCUUGUCUGCAUCCUCUUCUCCCCACUAGUAGUCUUGAAGAGCCCUCAUGAGAAAGCGCUGCACAGUGUCACCUACCGAGCAGCUAUGAGAACGUAGCUCUAGCCCUCUCCCUUUCUGCAGCCUAAUUUAUUGGAUUCCUGUUUGUAGCCACCUCGGCUGCCAAUGUGAGUACCUGCCAGCAGGGGAGGCAGCCCAGCCUCUGAGUCUGUGGGCCCUGGCUGCCACCAGUGCCAACCCCAGUCCCUGGGCAGCUGUUGCCCACCAGCCUACACUGCCAGCCACCACUGGGAGGCACAGGCCUCUGCUUGCUAGCCAGGAGCAAGGGCACCAUGUUCCCAGCUCAGUGCCAAAGAGGGGUCAGCUGGGUAGCUGUCUCUGCAGAGCCAGUUCUUACCCAUGAGGAAGACCCCACUGCCGCCGUGUGCCUUUCCCGGGCCCUCAGCCCUUCAGUAAAACCUCCUCUGGAAAACACAA